AUGAGGUCUCUCUCUUUGACUUUGUCUCUGGCGCUUGUCCCUGCCCCACCUGCUGAUGCUGACUCUGCCGUUCGCUCCAAGUGGGCGACCGCGAUGCUGCUGCACGUCUUGCUGUGCGUCGCCACCUCCCUUCCUCUGAGCGUAGCCCACUUAGUCAGUGCAAGACCGCUCAGGCCUUGGGUGUGGUUCCUUCCCCCUGCUGCCCUCUGUCGCCUCUGCCGCUGCGGGCGACUCACUGGUUUUGAGUCGUCGGCGCGGCGUCUGCCCCCAGCGGCAGACGCCGCGCUGGCAAGGGCAAGGGGGGCAAGGGAGCGGGUGGAGAUAGAGGGGGGGUGGAGGAGGCGGUGGAGGUGGCGGGGUGGGGGGAGUGGGGGUGGCGGUGGGGGUGGUGGCGGAAGUGGAGGUACUGGUGGCGGCGCGGUGGAGGCGGAGGUGGCGGCGGAGGUGGUAGCGGAGGAGGCGGUGGGAGCGGUGGGAGCGACGGUCCUGGUGGGGGAGGUGGAGGUGGAGACGGGGGUGGCGGUGGAGGCGGGGGGGGUGGCAGUGGAGGCGGGCGGUCGGAGUGGCUCGUCCCAGCGGAGCAGCUCCGGGGCUGUUCAGCGCCAGCAGCAACAGCAGCAGCAGCCGCAGCAGCAGCCACAGCAGCAGCAGCGCUCUCGCACCGUCCCCGCCCCCUCAGCAGCUCCGUGA